AUGUCCACUAAGGCCGAAAAGCCUAUCCCUGUGGACGAGGAGAAUGUCCCUCCGAAGCCACCGACAUUUCCCGAAGGGGGCUUGAAGGCAUGGAUGGCAGUUCUUUCUUGCUGGUGUGUGAUGUUCAAUACAUUUGGAUACAUCAAUGCAUUCGGUAUCUACGAGGCGUACUACGGACAAACGCUUCUCAGAGGCCAAAGUGCCUCGAACAUUGCAUGGAUUGGCUCUCUCCAAGUCUUCUUCAUGUUCUCAUCAGGACUUGUCUCCGGUCCCCUGAUGGAUCGCUACGGUCCCAAGGUUAUCCUGAUUUCAUGCUCGCUGUUAUUCGUAGUAUCAGUCAUAUUGACUAGCCUGUGUAAAGAAUAUUACCAGUUUAUUCUAGCCCAAGGCAUUCUGGGAGGUAUCACCAACGGCUUGACAUACACUCCCACCCUGACUGCCGUCAACCAAUAUUUCUUCCAAAGGCGUCCUCUCGCAAUAGGAAUCGCUUCCAGCGGAUCGUCUCUAGCAGGGAUCCUCUUCCCCAUCGCCUUGAAUCGCAUGCUUCACCGCACCGACCUUGGCUUUGGCUGGACUGUCCGCAUCCUCGGAUUCGUCAUGCUAGCCUUAAGCAUCAUCGCCUGCGCCUCUGUGACCUCCAACGUCCCGAAACGACGCACCGGACCUCCUCUCCUCCUCGAAGCCUGGAAGCAUCCCGGCUAUACAAUCCAAAUCAUCGGUCUCUUCCUAGUCAUCUGGGCACUUUUUGUUCCAUUCUACUUCAUCCCCGGCUACGCGCAAUCCGUCUCCAUCAGCGUCAACCUCUCCUACUAUCUAAUCGCCAUCGUGAACGCCGGGUCCCUCGUCGGUCGACUUCUCAGCGGCGCCGUUGCCAACCACCUUGGUCGAUUCAACACGCUAUCCGGGGCGUGCUUUAUCUGCGGAAUCCUCAUCCUCUGCUGGCUCCGCAUCACCUCACACGGUGGAAUGAUUGUCUUCUCCGUGCUCUUCGGCUUCUUCAGCGGAACCGUCAUCUCCUUGUUCACAGCGACGAUCGCCAUGACGGCACCUCAACCGAACCAGAUCGGGUCGUACAUGGGAAUGGCGCUGGGCGUGCUUAGUAUCGCUGGACUAACGGGAACACCGAUCACCGGGGCCAUGAUCAAUAAAUACGGCAACUACGAUGCGGCGAUUAUCUUCGCCGGGGUUGCCUCGUUGCUCGGAGCGAGUAUAAUAUUCGCUUCUAGGGUUGUUUUUGCGGGGAUGAAGCUGGUUGCUUGA